GCAAAGAAUAUUGUUAAGCAUUCUGAUGAAGGUGAGAAGGAUCUGGAGAAAAAGGAAUAUAUAAGCAGUCCAAUUAAGGUCAAAAUUAAUGCAGAAGAUGAUUUUACUUCUAGCUUUCUUAAACUGCUAGCUUAUGUUUCUCUUUUUGACACACACUAUCGUGCAAAUGAAAUGAAGGUACAGAACCUUCUCGACAUUUAUGCUAUCAAACGAGAUUUGGUAAUUAGUACAAGGAUUCCUAAAAAUAUAGAAAAAGGGAAAUAUCCUGAUGCAUACAUAUUUUCACCUAAAAAAGGGAUUGAAAAUGAAAAACCUGUAAAAGGAUUGGAUUUUGCUUCAUUAUAUCCUACCUGUAAAACUACUAUAGCAGAAAAAUACAAUCUUAAUCUUAUUGCUGAAUUCGUAUCAAAGAAAGGGUUUGGAAUAAAAUAUGGGAUACUGAUUCUUUGUAUCUUACCUGCCUGGAUAGGUAUUAUAAGAAAUGUGAUGAAGCCUUCUUCAGAAAGGAACUUUCCAAAGAAACGUACUAGAUUGAAAUGGAUAAAAAGUGGGACGUCUUAUCUAAAGAUAGCAUAUGAAGAGGUAUUAUUUUCUAUCUGUUUUACUGGUAAAAAGAAGUACUUUAGGGUUGGACAUGAAGAUAUAGUAAACUUUAAGCUGAAAAAACUUUUCAUGAAAGGGAUAGAAACUGUAAAGCAAGGUAAAUCCCAGCUUCUCAAAUUCAUUGGAGAAAAGAUUAUGAGAGAGGCUAUAGAUAUAAAUAAUAUGUGUCCAAUUCACAAAAUUGUUGAAAAUACUUUUAGAGAAACUCAGAACAAGGAAUAG